AGCUUGCUGCCCAAGCAACACAUGAACUUCGUCCUCAACAAUGGAAACACGUGUUCUCUUUGCGUUGUUUUUUGUUAGUGCGGUCCUGGGGCAAGAAUCCAAUGAUACUGCUUCCAUGACCAUCUCGGAUAUCAAACAAAGGCUUUUGGAAAACCAUGAUAGCGACAGCAAACCUCAAGGACGGAUUGACCUCCAAUUUGGCUUGAACGGUCUUUGGUUCGACCUGGAUCGACAAGGCAUUCUCAAGGGAUCCGUUUGGCUACGCUUGAAAUGGAACGAUGAGCGAUUGGCUUGGAACUACGGGGAAUAUGAGAAGUAUGCCAACUCAAGCGAAAUGAUUCACGUGGACCCGUCCCAAAUUUGGGUGCCUGACGUGAUCCUUUUCAAUCGGUACGACGCGGCUUCUCCCAUGGGUUCACACAAGAGAAGAGGUGCUUGGUCCGACGCCUUGAUCAUGCCGAAUGGGGACGUGAUUGUUGUGCCCAACAUUGCCAUUGAAGCUGUUUGUGAGGACGCCACCUUAACCGACAUUUGGGCCGUGCAAAAUUGCACUCUUCGGUUUGGGUCGUGGACCCACAGUGGCUACCACAUGAAUAUAAGUUUCCUAGACAUUGGUGGUGUAGUCGACAUGAGUGACUAUUUGAGAACAAGUCCUAUGGCUGUACUCUCCAACUCGAUUGAGCGUAAAGAGAAGACGUACGAGUGCUGCCCAGAGCCUUACGUAUCCAUGGACGUGAAAUUGGUAUUGCAACGGAAAUUUGUCUUCAACGAGAAUGGAAUGGUUGAAAACCCAUAUUUUGAUAUGGGCCACGAUCACGGCCAACACCAUGGGAAUUCCAAUGGUCGCAAGACCAUUUGAAAAUGCUGAGACAGGCGAUUCGAUUGGAAUCCAUGCUUCAAAUUGCAUCUUCACAGAAUGAUCGGAGAUACAAUAAAUAAUGUUUGUAUUUCUGAACAAA